AUGCUCAGCGAGGACUACUCAACCAUUUACAACCUGGUGUUCAAGAGAAACUCCGUCUUUGUGGGUAGUGUUUUUGCCACUGCAUUUGCAUUCCAGGGCUUCUUUGACUACGGUGUCACUUCCUGGUACGAGGCUCACAACAAGGGCAAGCUAUGGAAGGAUGUCAAGCUGAAGCUUGGUGAUGCCGGUGAGGAUGAAGAUGACGACGAAUAA